AUGUUACGUGCAAGAUUAACAGUCAGGGUCAUUAAUUUUAGUAAACUAAUAUCACUGAGAAGACAGAAUUUGAUUUUAUCAAGGCAAAUAAACUAUGGUAAAGAGACACCAUCUCCACCUAAAUUACCAAAGAAAGAACAAGAAGAAUUUGAAAAAUUGCAAAAGAUAGCCAAUGCAGAAGAUACAAUUAGAGAAUAUAACAAAGCUGUAUUAAAUGGUACUAGUAAUAGUGGCAAUGAAAAUAUUGGAUUGGGGAGCCCUGGUAAUAAAGAGAGUUUAGAAGCUUUAAGAAAGUCGCUAAAAGAUAAAAAUGAUAUUGGUAGAAUAUCACCAGAAUACACUAAGACGAUUCCAGAAUUUGAGGGUGAUGUGAAUCCAAAGACAGGUGAAGUCGGUGGUCCAAAGCAAGAUCCACUAAGGCAUGGGGAUUGGUCUUUCAAUGGUAGGGUCACUGAUUUUUAA